CCUUUUUCUCCCCCUUUUUUUUUUCUUCUCUUCUCGAUCCUCCCUCUUAUAUCCUAUAUAUUGGCCUUUUUUUCCUGUCAAAAAAGGCAUUAAUUUCUCCUCUCUCAGCUAUGCAGCAGUGAUUUUGAGCAGAACCCUCCUUCUAAAAUCAUCAAAGGUGAUAAACCCAGUUGAGCAAUAUCUUCUUCCAGUUGGGUUUGUGCCAUUGAAGUGGUCUUCAGCAUAUACAUAAAUAUAUGUACAUAUAUGCUUUUUAUUUUAUCUUAAUUUCAUUCUGUUCUAUUCUAUUAUGUAUUUCGACAGAGUAAGUUCUUUAGGAGGAGCUGCAGCAACAAAACCCAGUUGUGGAGUCAGAGGAAGCGUUUGUGUAUCAGUUUAGCAAUGUGGGUUUGUUGGGUUUUUGCCAUUUGAAAGGCUUUUGAAGAUCUUUAUUUUGUGCUAUUUCUUUGCCCUUCAAUUUUGUCCCACAUUUGCCCUCUGCUUGUGGCAGCAAAACCCUAGUUGCAGAAUCAGGAAAAUGGGGUUUUUUCUAUUUUGAAGGCUUUUGAAGAUCUCUUGUUUUCUCUCAUCUGUUUAUCUCUUCCUUUCUGUCCCACAUUUGCCAUCUUUGCGGCAAUGAGACCCUCGAGAAAGUGCUUAUGUAUCAGAUUACCACUGUUUGUUUCUUGGCUUUUUGCAUUUUAGGAGGCUUUUCAUAAUCUUUCUUCCGCCCUCAUUUCUUAUCUUAUCCUUUGAAUCAUGUCCCACAUUUGCCCUUUUCUUGUGGCUCUACAUGGGUUUGGCCAUCCUCAUUUGUUGCCACAUUGCCAAAAUUGGCUUUGAAAUUAAAGAAUGCUGCAGCUGCUGCUACUUCUAGGCUUUGAAAUCGAAGAAUCUCCACAGAUCUCUCUGUCAAGUUCUCACAAUCUGGUGUUCUUUCCGGUUUCAUAUUCUCCGUUCUUGCAGCAAUGAAAUUGGGUUUUCAACAAAGUGAUUUGGACUCAUCCCCAGGGCAAAGUUUGGAUGGAAGUUUCAGGAAGUCAUCUAAAUCUGGCUUUCAACCAAAUGAUUUGGAUUCGUCACCUGGGGAUAGUUUGGAUGGAAGUUUCAGAAAAUCUAGAUCUGGUACCUCCUCUCAUAGAAUGUCUAGCAUUUCAGCUUCAAGCAAGUUUGUUCCUUCUUCAAAAAGAGUGUUCAAGGGCUUAAAGGACUAUGCACGUAGAAUUGUCGACCUUGAAUUAUUUACACAAAGUCUUGAAGACUGGGUUGUUGAAAAUUCUAGUGCAGAUUCUAACAGUAGGGAGCAGUCUUUCAGGUCUCCCUUUUCAAUUGAUGAAUUGUGCAAGCUUGAUUUCGCAUUGGAGGGUGUCUUAUUUCAGCAACUUUUUCGUAUGCCUUGUUCACCUUAUACUUCUGAUGAUCUGAAAGAAGAUGAGUAUCUUGCUCUAGAAGACUUCCUCCAUGCCAUGAUGGAUGGUUUGUGGCGUACAUUCUGGCAUAAAAAUGGACCAUUGCCAUUCUUUGUAGCUUGUCCCCGUCAUCCUGGAUCCAAGUUCUAUUCUGUAGAAAAAGCAAUAUCGAGGGGAAGGCUCGGAGGGCUUUGUGGUGCAGCUUUGAUAUCAAAAACUGGGAGAGAUCUACAAAUUCACUGGGAUCAGGUGGUGGAGUUUGCAUUAUUUAAACCAGAUAUAAUGGUGGGAAAUGAGUUGGGAUUUUCUUCUAACACAAUCUGUGAAGCCCUGUUUUAUGGUUUUCAUAUUCUUCUUUCUAGGUGUUUGAGCAAGUACAGUUUGGUUAACAGUGAUUCCGUUUUUCUUCUAGUUGUUGAUUCUAAAUUUGGCGGGGUGGUGAAAUUUGGGGGCAACCUUAGCAAACUUGAACUUAAUACUACUAACCCAUACCAGUCUGUGGCAGAAUGGAUCAAACUUCAUGCUGAAGUCAGUGUUUCCCCUGUGGACAGAAUAUGGAACAAGCUAGGCAAUGCAAAUUGGGGGGACCAAGGAACUCUGCAACUGCUUUUGGCAACAUUCUACUCCAUUGUCCAGUGGAAUGGACCACCAAGAAAGUCGAUUGCCUCCCUUGCCUCAGAUCACGGCCUCCGUCUUCAAAAACGGAGGAUAGAAUGCCGCCUCAUUGAGAAUGAGAACAUGCUAGUCUCUUUCGAACAGGCCAGCCAUCAACAAGGAGAAAUAGUUGAACUGGACGACAAUGAAAGUCCAUCUUUCAGAAAGCAAGCAUCGCGUUUGAAGCUUAAGCAGGGUGAGAUAUUGCUAUUGGAUGAUCAGCGGCAGGGGCAGAAAAGUUUCCAGAUUCAGGAGUCUCUUGUAGGAGGGAACUGCUUGUCCUACAGUGCUGUUUCUCUAGAAUACCCAACAGAGUUGUUGACUUUAUACGUGGGUGCUCAUCCAUCUCGACUGGAGCCAUCCUGGGAGGAUAUGAGUCUCUGGUACCAGGUACAAAGGCAAACCAAAGUACUAAACAUCUUGAAGCAGCAGGGAAUUUCAAGCAAAUAUUUGCCAGAAAUAAUUGCCUCUGGCAGAAUCUUGCAUUCUGGUCCUUGUAAAAAGCAGAGCCCAGGUGGGCGAUGUGAUCAUCCCUGGUGUGGAACCCCAAUACUUGUGACAACUCCAAUUGGAGAGCCCCUUUCAUCUAUAGUUGCUCGGGAUGGCCCAUUUUCAAGCGAGGAUGCAAUCCGCUGCUGCAGAGACUGCCUAGCUGCUCUGAGAAGUGCAAAAAUGGCAUCUAUUCAGCAUGGGGAUAUCUGUCCUGAGAACAUCAUCCGUGUUUUAGACACACAAGGUGCAAGAAGCAGUUUCUUCUACGUUCCAGUCUCAUGGGGCCGUGCAGUUCUUGAAGACAGAGAUAGCCCAGCGAUGAACUUGCAGUUCUCGUCUUCUCAUGCACUUCAGCAUGGUAAGCUUUGCCCAGCAUCUGAUGCUGAGAGCCUCGUCUACCUCCUCUACUUUGUUUGUGGUGGAACAAUGCAGCAACAGGACUCCAUUGAAUCUGCACUGCAAUGGAGGCAGAGAUGCUGGACCAAGCGCUCGAUCCAGCAGCAACUUGGUGAGGUUUCAGCUCUCCUGAAGGCAUUUGCUGACUAUGUGGACAGCCUCUGUGGCACCCCAUACCCAGUGGACUAUGACAUUUGGCUGAAGAGACUGAACAGGGCUGUGGAUGGCUCAGGAGACAGGGGGAAGCAGAUUGAAGAAUUCCCUGCCAAUGUGAGAGUAGAGGAUGUUGCUGAAUCCUCAGGAACUUCUGGGGGUGGGACUUCAUAUUCCUGCUGAAAGAUUGAAAAUUUCAAGGUAGGAGUUGGUUUCUGGAAGCUGAGAUUGAAGCCAAGCUUGUGUUGUUUGAUGGGUUCUCCCUCAAGUUUCCUCAAAUCCAUAUACUGGGAUUUGCCUCUUAUUUUCUAAGCAUUGUGAUUGGUUUUUUUUAGAGAGUUUGAAGCUUGGGUGAACUGCAAAAUUGGGAGAAUCCUACUUGUCAUUUUUUGUAAUGGAAUGUAGAUGUUUCAUUGUAAUUGUAAUUGUUUCAUUGUUACUGCA